UAUAAAAACAGGUAGAUCUCGCGACAUAAAUUUCCUUAUCCCGUUCAACUGUGCCACACGUCCGCAUUUGUAACUCGUCACAAUACCUGACUAGGUACCUACGCACCUACCAAGGUUGGUAGAGAGAAUCAGAUCUCUAUCUUGGUUCGGUCUGUCGGUAAAUAGCCGCGAUUGCGCGAUGAGACUGAUUACUGGUCCGCCUUAUAUACGGCGGGGCGACAACACGACGAUUUUAAUAAUCUUGGAAGGGUGUUGGUUACAUUUUAAAUUGCAAUCUUAUAACAUCAACUCAUUACUAUCCUCACAAUUAUUCUCUACAAAUUAGAACUAAUCCCUCUUCUUCUUGUCAUUCUAAUGUGGCCAUGUCAAACAAUAAGCGGACAGUCCUCAUAACCGGUUGCUCAGAUGGAGGGCUGGGUGCUGCCCUCGCAAUAGCCUUUCAGAAGGCCGGCCUUCACGUAUACGCAACGGCUCGGGAUACCUCGAAGAUGGCCAAUCUAAAAUCUUUAGGCAUCGAAACUAUGGCUCUAGAUGUGCUAUCCGAUUCAUCUAUUGCCGCCUGUGUUAAGAAAUUGUCGAGUCUUGAUAUCCUGGUCAACAACGCGGGGCAAUAUUACCCUAUGACAGCGGCGGAUAUCGACAUCGCAGAAGCUAAGAAAGCCUUCGACAUCAACGUAUGGGCGCAUAUUGCCGUAACGCAGGCUUUCCUACCGUUAUUGGUGAAGUCGUCGGACGCCAUGAUUGUGUUCAAUACGUCCGCUGCCAGCGUUGUGCCCAUCCCAUUCCAAGUCUCAUACAACGCUUCGAAAGCCGCCCUAGCGAUGUUCGCGUACAACAUGCGAUUUGAGCUGGAGCCGUUCGGAAUCAAGGUCAUCGACCUGAGAGGCGGCUUGAUUAAAUCUGAUUUGGUAAGGAAUAUGCAGCAAUCGCGCUCACAUCCACUGCCGCCGGGCUCUAUCUACGAACCCGCAAGAGAGUUAAUUGAAAAGGCAAUGCGAAGGGAGGGACUUGAGAAUGAGGGGACACCAGCUCAUGAGUGGGCGGGGCAGGUUGUGCAGGACUUGUUGAAGAAGAGCCCACCGUCUGUCAUUUGGAGGGGCGCAACAGCGCUAGCCGCCCGGAUCGCCGCGGUGGUGCCCUUCGGCCUGUUUGAUGGAACGAUUAGGAAGUUGAAUGGAUUGGAUGUUGUUGGACAAGUUAUUCAGAAAGCUUCGAAAGAGCAAUCAUAGGGUAAAUACUUUCUGAGCACCUUAUAAGGAUUCG